CUGAUGUUUUUCUUUAUCCUCAGAGGCAGAGAGAAGACAACUUCACUCAUCAGAUCUGCCACAUCCAGGUGCAGGGCGGAAGGAUGCCUCAAUCCAGGCUUCUCCUGCUACUGCUCAUACUCUGUAUGGCCCGGUUUAGCAUUCAAUACAAGUUAUAUGAAGCAGAGUCCAUUUUCAGCUGCCUGAAGGAAGCCCUUGAGGAGGCCAAGAGGAGAAGUUUAGAGGAAAACUCUGUGCUUAUAAAGAGAGGCUAUGAAUUUGAACCAAGAGACGACCUUUUAUCCCAAGAGGAAGAAGAAGAUGAAGAAGAUGAGAAAGAAAAAAGGACAUUUCCUGCUGCACGUUACAGAUACCUUUCACAAGCACAAGUAAAGGGUAAAGUCUAUCAAAACAAGGCAAAAAGUGACCGUCGGACCAAAUUCACCCUUUCAUUGGAUGUGCCCACAAACCUCAUGAAUAUUCUGUUCGACAUUGCUAAAGCUAAGAAUAUGCGCGCAAAAGCGGCAGCCAAUGCACAGCUCAUGGCCCAGAUUGGUAGGAGGAAGUAAGACUGGCCAGGCCCUGUGUGGGCCACAAGGAAGGGUAAACAAGGUGGCACAGGACUAGUGUCGUAUCAGACUCUUCCAUUCCCACACAUGGCCGCAUCUUGGAACAUUUCUUUGUACAAUAUAUUGCUAUAUUCUGAGUCCUUCAAAGCUGCAUUUAAUUCCCAUAUGUCUAUUCCCAAGGGGUGAAGUUUCAUCCCAACUUUAAUCUUUUUUUUUUCAGAUUUAUUGCUUUCAUUUGCCCUUUUUAAAAUCUUUGUGUUUUGGCUUUAUCCAGUCCUGAUGGGUUUUGAUCUUUCUGAUUUAUACAUUUAAUUUACUUUAUGUUUGUAAAUUUUUCUUCCUUUGCAGGAAGAUUUUAAUGCAAGAAAAAAAAAAGAAAUUAUUAAAAAAAAUGUUAGCAUCUCU